UCGAGCUGUCACGACGAGUCUCCCCGGACGAGUCUCGCCAUGUGCCGCGACUGAGUCGAUUUUUAAAGGAUUUUUUCGUUUUUAAGUAUAUUUUUUUUAACGUUAUUUUUAUUUUAAGUGUCCGUCGCAGUGCUCGACGCUUUGCGUUUGUACUCAAAUGAAGUGCGUGUCGGAGUGAAUCGUCCGUCGGUGUGCUGACCGCGCAGGGUGUGGUUUUGUGUGGUUAAAAGUUAAGUUUUUAAGCAGCACAAAGCAGCCUGUGGUAUUUACGAGCAAGGAAUACAAAUUAAUCAAAAUGAGGCAGAAACUGCCGUCCCUCGCGGGGCAGGUUCUUCUUUUGACAGUAUUGGGUUCACCUGCCAUUCUGUCAGCGGAACAAUGGAGCCGCCCACUGGCGGAAAGAAAAUCGGACGACUGGAUCCCAAUCCCAAAGAACCCACAAGUAAGGCAGGCUGAGCACGGCAGAGAUCUGAAGACAUCAGCAUCGACGUCAAUCGAUCAGAUUGGAAGUUUAUUGACCCCACCGGUGCCCCCUCAGCAAGUGUCUCAACAAUCGCGAGUUUUGCGUAACCCAUCCCCACAACUGACCGGGAAUGGAUUCUUCAACCCGCAAUUCAAGGCGCCUCCUCCGUCGCCAUCAAAGUCGCCGAAUCAAAAUUUCUUCCAAUUCUCGACCCCCCAGUCGUUCCCACCGAGGCCGCAGCCAUCGCAGCAAACUUUCAAAAACGAAGCCGUGAAUAAUCAGUUCAACUCGUUUCUGAGCCAAGAUCCUAAUGGGUUCUCUUUGACGUCCGUGCCUAACCAAUUCGGACCACCUCAGCAAGUUUUGUUCCCACAGACACAUUUUCCUUCCCCAUCAUUUUUCCAAAAUCAAGCUUUCGGAGACCAAAGCUUACCAGGACGCGCACCAUCAGUGCAACAACCACCUAAGCCAAGUGAGCCUACAAGAACAUCCAAGGUCCGCUUCCCUGAAUCUAAUUCCGGAGAAGAUGGGAAAGAGGAGAUUCAACUUCUGUACGUGCCGGUAGAAACUCUUGCCCAAAGAGGCCGAACCCCGAACAAACUGAAACCUAAUGAUGGUAGCAAAUUUAGAGAUGGACCUCCCCCAAGUCAGCCAAACUUCUUCCCGCAGCCGCAGAUUCCUCCACAAUUCUCUGGCUUCCCGCCAUUCCCUCAAUUUAACCAGCAAGAAUUCCCACCCGUACCACAAUUCAUUGAUGACUUCAGCGUUAAACACAGGUUCAACAAACCGCAAGAGAAACCAACAGAAAAACCACCGGUAUUCCAAAAUCAGUUCAUACCUCAAACCUUUGCACAGCCCAAAUUCCCGCAAGAGGCGCCUAAAGACCAGCAAAAUGUCCAACAAGACUCCCAAAAACAACCACCCAAGUCUACCGUAGAUUUUGCCGCUUUAACACAACAGUUUGCUCUCCCAGAAAAAGCUCAAUCCAAUUUCCAGUUCGAAUUUGGACCUCAAAACUCACAACCAAACUUCCCAACUGCACCACAGCCAGGGUUCUUCGCUGAGCCUCCACAGAGUUUCCCCGCGCAACCCCAGCAGGGUUUCGUUCAGUCUCAGUCCUUCCCAGAGCCUCAACAAAAGUUCAACCAACCCAGCACCACCACUCCUAAAAGUGCUGAGACGAACUUUAGACAACAAGAGGUCUCACAAUCGAUUAACGAGGUAACACCCACCAAAUCCUCAUUCCCUGAGACAUCUCCGAGUCAACAACCGGCCACGAACGAAGCACCAGCCAACGCACAACAAUUACCAGGAAUGACAUUGGCCCAGUUUGCAGCAAACGAACAGUUCUUCCCUCAAUUCCCAGAGCAACCCGCUUUUGCUCAGCCAAGUUUCGACCCAGCACCGCAACCCCAGAUCCCUCAAUCACAGCCCCAAUUUGAGAGCCGGCCUCCAUCAACCACUUUCUUCCAGCCACCACAACAAGACAUUUUCCGACCAUCCCCACCUUUGCCACAAGAAGAUUUCCAAAAUCAGCCAUUCAACUCCCAACCUCAAUUCACAAGCGGACGAGUGCCUGCUACUUUACCACCACCUCACCAGCCACCCCUUUCAGUCUACAUGGAAAACGUUGCUAAAUCAAAGGUUGGGGAGGUUUUGAACUUGUUGAAGAACUCUAAAACUAUUCCGGUUUUAGACAAUGUCGGCAAGGAUACUCCUCAAAUAUUUGUUGGACCAUCCAGUCUAGAGCCACCUGCAGGUUACGUCAAGUUUGAGCUUCCGUACUUAUCUUCCUUGGACACCAACCGCAUCGAAAGGAAGGUCGACAAACUCCCCUUCUUCGUGGCACCAUUGAAUUUCCAACCACCUAGCGGUUACUCCAAGAUCCCAUUCCCUGCACCACACAUUGGGUCAGUUGUCGUGUCAAACGCGACUAUCUUAAGAGCGGCUCUGCACGAGAAACCAUUUGAACAACAAGGCAUAUUUGAGCAGUCCACACCUUCUCAGCCGCUCUACACUCUGCCUUCUGAGAUAAAUUCAAUCAGUCCGUCUCAAGUGAAUUCUCUGCAGACUACACCCCAAUUCUACACAGAGGAACAGCAACAAGUCACAGAAACAACUACUCAGAGGCGAACUCGUUAUCGAACCACGACCCCACCGUCCUCCAACUAUCAACCCCAAAGACGCCCAUCUUCAGGCACUCGUCAAAGGAAGCCAUUACACAGAGGAUUCCCCAAGUCACAAUCAACAACUACAACAACGACUGAGAUCCCUCAGGAAAUUUCAACAGAGGCUCAAUACGUUCCACAACCAGAGGUCACACAGCCGAAAACCCACUUCGGAACGCAAGAUCAGUUCAUUGAACAGACCAUAGUCCCCGCAGGUGAACAAGGAAACGCAGAGAAACAGCCACCCAGUGAACAGAACUCGCAAAUAACUCUCGACCAAUAUUUCCAACAACAACAACAACGUCAACAACCAUCCCAACAGUUUGAUGUUCCUAACCAACCCACGGCAGAAGGUGGCCAAGUCUACGCAGAGCAAUCCAACGGCCAACAAAGUCCUCAAGAUCAACAGUACUUCAGUCAGGGCUCUCAGCAGUUCGGCCAGGAUCAACCAACGUUUAAUCAAGAGCAAAAGCCGGCGGAAGACCAGUACACAUUCCAGCCCCAAAAAUCUGAAGGUCAGAAUGAAGCCACCCCCGCAGUAGAAAUCAGCAGCCAAAAUUACCAGAACAUCCUGUCACCAUCCCAGUACCACUCAGAAGUAUCCGGAAAAGAUCAAUACAUAAAAUCAGAGAGAGUUCCGGAGCAAGCACCGGUCCAACAGUCCGUCAAUGGUGAGCCAACCUACCAGCAAAACGACCAGAUUAACACGGUCAACGAACAGCAAUAUGUAAGUCAAAACCAAAUUGAUCAAAACAGCUACAGACCGACCGAGACUCGUUACGAGCAACCUCAGCCACACACGACAGUUGCAUCUUACGUAGAGAUAAAUGAGCCGGAGACAGAGAAACCUGAAAAGUUUACGAAAACCAAGAACAAGUUCUUCGAAAAGACGCAAGAGCGCAAGGAGUACACCAUUCCGGACCAGACAAGCAUUCUUCAAGCGCAUCAGAGAAUGAACGCAUUCCUCGCACAAGAACAAGCUGACAGUAGCACUUCCCCACAAACAACCGUGACGACCGAGGAGACGACAACGAAGAAACUUAGAGGAAAAGUGCGUGCUCGACAGAGGUACCAGGGUAGAACGUCAACAACCGAGACCCCUGAGGAACAAAAUUACCCCAAGAACUUCCGCACGCAAGAACAAGCCGAUCGAACUAGCCAAAACUACCCUGUUUACAGACCCACAGAAGCUGCAGUUACCGAAGAAACCGCCUCCUCGGAAAGUACCCCAUCAAGGGUGGACAAGUACAACAGAUUCAAUCGAAGGAGGCCCCUGCGACCAGCAUCUACUUCAACCACCACUUCAAGCUCUGAGGAGGUUUCAACCGCUGCAACCAGGACUCGAGUGAAAGCAACCAGAGCACCACCAACAGCCUCUAGAGCUUUAAGUGGCCGAACCAGAUCGAGAAGGCCCGGCACAUUGACCACCGAGGCUCCAUCAACCACCUCAACUACCGAAUCUGCUUCGACGGAAAGUUUGGACUGGGGCACGUACGUCAAUAGUUUUGCCCCCUCAGCAGGAGCCAACGAGAUUGCGAGUCCGUAUGAUGACAAAUCCAUAACCUUCCACAAUAUCGAAUCCCACAGGAGAAACCCCAGCUACAACAAGGUGAAGAAUGAUGGUUACUGGAACAACGGCGUCACGAUCCAACAAAGCGAAGGAGUUGAGGUGAACCCGGAGACAUUCGCACCCACCGAGUCCACUGCUGCGUCGCGGUCUUACACGAGAGCCGACACGGAGAGCAGCGCGACAACCAGAGGACUCGACAGGAAGGCACUAUACAGACAGAGGCUCAGGCAAGGUGCUGUUCAGAAUGACGAAGUAAAUGUUGCAGCUCAACAGAAUCAGCUGAGGAGGGCUAAUGCGCAUAAGGAGAGAAUUGCGGCUAAGAAGUUGGCUGAGGCCCGAGACCGGGAUGCAACUACCUAUGAUGGAAACAGCUUGCAAAGCGAGGGACGUCAAAGAGGAGAGGAGGAUGGUCAACAGAACAGAGAAACAAGCUCACAGAGUGAAGGAAGACAGAGAGGUGACGGUUUUGACAAUCAGCAGAACUUUGAAACGAACAGGGACUCAGACGCCGAGCAACAGAGGAAUACUGAAUCAGCCGCUGGUAAAAAGGCUGUAGUUGGACGCAGGCGAGGCGCCUGGGUGCGAGUCCGCGUAAAGAAGCCGCAAGACGUGUUCGAAACCGCCGAAUCUCAGAGCUUUGCUAAACUCUCCGGAAACGCGCUGAAGAACAUCGAAAAGCCCCAGCCGGAAGCCGGGAAGGAACAGUACGUCAAGCAAGUCUCCGUGGACCAAGUAUCUCUAGUCGCAGACCCCGCUCAAACCAACCCGAUCCCGGAGGAACAGAAACCCGAAGAAUCAUCGCCACAGCCGGAGACACCGGAAGUAACCGCGCAAGAUUCGGCCCCGGAGGACACCCCGGAAGUCACCCCCGAAGACAUCAGCCCUCAGGUCUUCCAGAAGGACAUCGGGGACAUGAUCCGGCAGAUCAUCAACGGGGAGAGCGAGGUCGACGAGGCCGAGAGCCACAGGGACCAAGAGUCGACGGAGGUGGCCGACGACCGACAGGUCAGCGAGAUGCUUGUCGCCACGACGACCCCGGUCGCGCCGAAGAACGUCUCAGUGGCGACGACGACGACGGAACUGGAGGCGGAGACGACGCGGCAUCCGGAGGAGGAAGUGACGACAUACGCCACAACCAUCGAGCCGGAGGCCGAGAGGAGCCGGCCCACCGAACCCAUCACGAGGAGGGCCGUCCCCACGGCGACCACGACUGAGAUCUCCUUGGAGACAGAGAUCUGCUACAAGGGAAGGUGCGUGAAGAGUAAAAAGACUAAAGCAACUGACCUCCUGCCUUCGGAAUAGAAUGUAAAUCUGUAGAGGAGCCCAUUUGCAAAAUAUUAAGUUUUGGGUCUGAAAGGUCUCUCUCCAUCUCGUUCUCUCCUUUUCUCGGUCUCCUCGUCUUGUGACCCCCGCCAUGUAGACGAGAUGUACCGCUGCGUUAUGGAAGGAUAAUUGUUACGAAGGGAUCAGCUGAAAAACGAGGGGGCGUGUUUAGGUAAUUCCUUAAAAAGUUGCAUAAAUUCUGCAGAUCAUUAAUUUCUUCGGAGGGAAAAUCACUGCGCAUUAUUCCUUUGGAAUGCUGUAUCAGUUGAAAACUCAUGUCGACCAACUGCUUUGUGAAAUUAGGAAUCUGGAAAAUUUGAGCAGCACUAGAAUGAAAUAAUCAGCCACUGAUUUGAACUACCUAUUUAAAUACAUAACACUUGUUUCGCUGACACUGAUAGAAUACUCAAUAUUCUCGUUUCAUAUCGUACUGCGGGAAAAAUCGUCGCUUUUAGUGAGAUGAGAGAAUGAGCUAUUCGGGUAUCCCUUGCUCAAUGAUCGCCUCUUACUUUUUGUUAAAGAAAAGAAGAGUGGAGGAACUACAGAAAAAAGAGACCGACGAAAAGAAAACUAAAGAAAAGAAGUCUAAGAGUCCAGAAAAAAAAUAAUUAAGUAUCAUUCUAUGGUGAAAUACUGGACAAAAAUGAGCCCUAACACUUAGGUUCUUUAAUCACACUGCUUCAUACAAUUCUGUGUCAAGGAAUAAAUACUUUUUCCAUUUAAUUAAAAAACUUACAGGUGAAAAAACGGGUACCAUUGGACAGUUAUGGUAGCUUCUAUGCAGACUUGAUGUUGCUGAAUACAUUCAAGGAUAAUAGAUUCUUUUGAACUUUCAAAGUUUAAAAAAUGUUACCUAAGGUCAAAAAGAAGGAAAGAAAAAAAAUAAUGUUAUCAAUGAGUUCUUUUCAGUUGAUUAUUUUCGUUGGUAAAAUUUUGAGGUCAGAAUUUUAUUCACAGAAUGCAUUGAUGUGGUGCAGUGACAUGAGAUUUUAAUACCCCUAUAUUUUCCUGUAACAAAAUCAUUUACUCCACUACCCUCUGAAUGUAGUGGAUUGACUUAAGUCUGUAGAUCUUUCUCUGCACCUUUGAUUCCCAUCAGAGUACAUCUGGUAGCAAAUAAAGAUUUGGAACUCAAAAUAUCCUAAGCGGUAGCAAGUGUUGCCGAGAUUGUGCACGCUGUUUCUCACCGAGGAAGAACCAUAUAACGUCUUAUGAAUUUCCCAUCUAAGGAUUUCUGAAUUUGAAUUUUGAUUUCAAGACAAUAAUUUUUGUCCCGCGGUCAACUGGAGUCCUCAUAAAUGGAGAAAUAAUAAUUGCACAAUCUUCUCAUAGUACGCACGAAAUUUUUAAUUUCCAUUCUUUAAAUGUACUUACUAAAUAAAAGAGGCGUGGUACCUACUAUGAUACUUUAUGCGUCACAUAGGUUUGUUUUGCUAUCCAAAUUGAAAAUUUAGGAGAUUCACAAAUUAUUUCAAAUAUUUCGCUUAUGAGUAAGAAUCUUAUUUCGUACUUAUACCGAAUAAUCUAUACUCCAGUCGGGUAACAUUAUACUCCAAGAAACCAAAGCCGUCAGAUCACCUUAUUUUUGUCACAAACUAAAAUAUGGUGAGUCACUAGGUUUUUGUAGUUUUUAACUUACACUCAAGUCUUUGAUUCCACUCACAUCAUGAUAAGACCUACCGUGUGAUUAAAUAUUUGUUUAAGAACUGAUCGUCAAGUCAAAUAUGUUUCAAAUUAAGUAUGUAAAUAUGUAGUACGUAUGUUAAUGUUACUUAGAUUUUAAGUAUUUAAUUAAGUAAUUCAAUGUACUGUUUUGAGGAUUUCUAUAUCUUCACUUUUAAAAACCUGCAAUCAACUUAGAUAAAUAACAAUGCCAUUUGAUGAAUAAGGGGCCAUAAAGAAAAGUUGAAGAAAAAUAAUUCAGGUAACAACGAAAUUAUCACCUGGAAACUUCAAUUUAGAAAGACUUUCAUACAAAUAUCAGGUUCUCUAUGAUCAAAAUUUCUCAUCCGCAUCAAAAUGAAUCAUUGCCAAAAGUAAGGGUGUGAGGCGUGUUAAAUGCAGAUGAACUUAUCAUUUCGUCAUCUCAAUAGAUUUUUGAAAUUUACAUUUUUUUUUUGUCCUCAGGGUCUCCAUGAGACUCAUAGACCACACACUCCCAAUAAAGGUACUCUAAAAGUAAAAAAAGAUUCGCGGCUUCUGCGCUUCAGUUUCGAACCAUACUGCCGUGCUAAGGAAGAACGCCGUAUGAGCCAUCAGACGUUGCCAAGUUUCCUCCAAUAAAAACCGAAUUUACUGGGAAAAUUGCGAAUAUUGUUUUUCGAAAUUUUUAGACAAUUUUGUACGCAAUUUAUUCUAAAAUAUCUGGAAAUUUCCAGGAAAAAUCUGCAUGAAUGUGGUCAAAAAUCCAUGUUUUAUCGAGGGAAAUUUGGCAACUCACGAGUGUUCAUAUGGCGUUUUUCCGUAGCACGGCGGCAUAGGCAACGAUGCCGUAACAACGGAUAACAGCUGAAAAUUGAAUUGCUCGAGGUCAAAGCACACCGAAGACCAACUGCUAGUCAACAAAUGACCUACAUCGCCCCACUAGAUUCCCGACACCAUUCUUGAACGUGAACGUUCAAUGCUCUCUGCGAAAUAACGUUCACUGCACUCUCAUUUGGACGUAUUUCUAUCAAACGGAACUAUGUGCAUUAAGACAUGAGCCCUGAGACUUAUAAGAAUAUGUGCAUAACAGGGCUCACGUUAAAAUGCACAUAGUUCCGUUUGAUAGAAAUACGUCCAUUUAAGAAGUCUCAAUUCAGGAUCUAUAAGAAUCCAGACACCAUUUAAAGGUGCAUUUCAACGAGAGAAAAACUUAUAUUAUGGUCAUAACUGGCCCGGUAUUUUUGGCCCUCAAAUCUUAGACGAUGAGGAGGCUUCAUAAUUUAAAGGCCCAGUUGAGUCAUUUUUGGAAAGGAAGGGUAUAGAUAGGACCCGCCCUGGCUAAAUUUCCUCAACUAUACGAUUUUUUUCUUAUUGAAAGGUCUACAUUUUAUGGAAUACACCAUGAUCGGUUAUUUUCGGUCUCUUUACAAGUUUAAUACUGGCCGAGGGUCUGAGGCCAGCGACGGCGAAAAAUGCUGAUUUUCCGGCAUUCCAACGCAAACCGGCAUUUUAUCAAAAUCGACCUUUCAGACCCAUUUUUAGGCCAGCGACAGAUGUAAAAAGAGAUCGAAUUGUGAUGUGUUCCGUAGAGUAAAGAAAUUAAAUAAGCAAAUAAUUGUAGAGUUAAGGGAAUUCAGGGUGAGUCUAGAAACAGCCCUUAUCGAUGUCCCUGCAUGUUUUUACUUCCCCUCUUUAUCAUGAUGUUAGAUUUGAGGCUGAGGAUGACGAAAAUUCCAAAAUUUCACGGCUAAGCAUAUCGACAAAAAACGCCCAAAGUAAAACCUUGAUUUUGACUGUAUUUUCUUGUCCACCAGUGAGCUUGAUUUUAAAGUAUGAAGAGGUGUGUCAGCGUGUCACUGCCAAGCUGUGACACAGUGGCGAGAAGAGAAUGAUCGCUUAUCGAUAUUUCCUCCAUUUGAAGACGUAGUAAAGAAUCGAUUAUUCUGGUCUGGUGUUCGUUGAGACCAACCUGUUCAUCGAUCCUUUCCCAUGAGUUCAGAUGGCAGAUCAAUCGAUAUAUUGCAAAACACGCUAUCACGGCAUCCAAUGAUCGAGGUGAAUCAUAAGAGGGAAAACCAGCCGAAAGUUAAACUCAUUGGCCCGACUAGAAAGUGAAUGAGUUAUACCUGAUGCCAUACUUAUUUAAAGAUACGAUUAAUUAUUAACAAAUUGAUGAAACUUGGCGCCCUCGCGGGUUACCGACAGUGGCGUGGCGUGAAUUGCGAUAUAUCGAUUGUCAUUCCAUUUAAACCCAUAGAGCAGGAUCGAUAAACAGGGUGUUCGCAGCGAACACCUUAAUAAUCGAUUCUUUACCAUAGGUUUAAACGGCAUAACAGUCGAUAAAUCGCAAUUCACGCCACGCCACAGGUUACCGAAGCAUCUAAUCGUACGAGUUUCGAUGAAAUAAGAACCUCCGAACUCAAAAUUUAGUUACUUUUCUUUAGAUAAGACGUGUCUCUCUUUUUUCUAAAUUUUGAUAAGUUAUUAGAUUGCGAGUGUGAAUGAGGACACCUUACACGUCAAAAGGGCUAAGUGCAUUACGAUUUUGUUGAGAGAAAAUUCAAUGACGUUUACGGUCUGAAUGGACGUUGCAUUAAAUAAUCAUUGUCAAGCUGAGGAGGUACAUCUAAAUUAAAUCAUGAUCACUCAAUUUUGUGAGGUGUAUGUUCAUGCUCAUGCUCCAUGCGAUUUUUUCGAAUUAAAACCUUUGGUAAAAUAUUUGAUCGGUAGAUCUUAAAAAUAAUACGAAAGCCCGCUUUGCGCAAAAAUAUAUAAAAAAAUAAAAUGAAAUAUGUUAUUUUUACUCGAUGUUCUCGACUCAGUGAUGUACCUGGUCCUAUUGGCCUGUAAGGAACUCAAAUUAUUUAUUUAUUUAGGUUAUUGUAUGAAUUGUACAUUCGCUAAUAUUAGAACAAUGUAUAUUUUAGUUAAUUUGUGGUGCUCAAUAUAUUAGGCCGGGAGGUUGCAUUGGUGCGCCGAUUAAAACAAUUCCCAUUAGAAGUUCAAAUGUGUCGGCUAAAAAGGUAUCGUAUUUUCCCACUAUACGACGCAUGCGAGUGGGUUUUUGACUUCUUGUUAGUUUAUUGUUGUGUACCAGCAAGAAUUAUGUAUACGGUAAUUGUUCUAUGAAAUUUAGGUUCAAAACGAAAUAAUAAUAAUGAGAAAGAAAAUAUGCUGGCUCUGCUGAUAUUAAAAAAUUACCAUGUUAGUAAGAUCCAUUCGCCAGCUUUAAAAACCGUACUAAGCCCAACUACAUGUCCAGAUAAUUAAUUUAUGUAUUAUAAUUUUUAAAGAAAUUAUCUUAAGAUGUAAAUUAAAAUAUCGAAUAUAUUUUUUUUUUCUAAUUGUA